CCGAGACAGGACAAAGUGGGGGAGUUGAGUGACCCCCUUUUUCUCCGGCUGCAGCAGUACAGUCAAGAAAAAGGAAUGCCAAGGCAACAGUCGGCGGGCCUAGCGGUACACUGCUACAGCGUUUUCAACAGCUGGCUAGCUGAAUGAACAAAGAAAUGCACGUGUUAGCAAUAUGAAAAUUACGAGCAUUUUCCCAGGAGCAUGUAUUCUCGUUAUACUUACGGUGAUCUCAUCCACUGUAUCUGAAGAGAAGGAACCAUACCAGGGAAAAUACCUUGGAAAACUCAACCCUUAUCACCACCAAGUUUCAGGAGAUGUGUAUGCUGUUGAUGAAUAUACACUUCUAUUCGUGAAUUUUAACUAUGAUGGGAAUGGAGCAGACACAUUUUUCUGGGCAGGAUCUGCCAAUCGGCCAGGUCCACAAGGUUUCAUUGUGCCAGAUGAGUAUGGAAAGACAAAUGUCUUGCACAGUUACUUGAACAAGGAUUUCACACUGAAACUGCCAGAUAAUAAGAAAAUUACAGAAAUAAGAUGGUUUGCUGUGUAUGACUUGUCAAGCCAGAACACCUUUGGUGAUGUAUAUGUACCAGAAGAGUUCGAGCCCCCAACUAUGCAGAGAAUAUCACAGCUGUCUGGAACAACACACAAUGUUUCAUCUGAAUCUGUUGAAAUUUUAGACUCGAAAACUAUAAGACUGAAGCAGUUCUCAUAUGAUGGACAAGGAAAAGAUGCUUACUUCUGGGUUGGUAUUGGCCCUCAGCCAUCUUCAAAAGGGACAAAAGUUCCGGAUGAAUAUGGAUACCUUGAUCCACUAAGGGCAUACAAGAGUGAAGAUGUAACACUACAGCUACCUGGAGAACUAACUACAUUUGAUAUAGAGUGGCUCAGCAUUUUUGAUCUGGAGAGUAAAGAAAAGUUUGGUUUUGUCAGAAUACCUGAUGGCUUGAAUGUCCCACCAUCACUUGUUAAAGUUGUGCCUCAUAAGAACAGUUUGCCAAACUGUCUUCAAUUACAUAAAGAUCUCCAAGUUAGUUGGGAAAUAUUUGGACCACAGAUAACAAUUCAAUUGGCAGGACAGGUUGCUGAAGAUGAAUAUAUGGCUUUUGGACUUAGUGGCUCUACCGACAGAAGUCAGAUGAUAAAUUCUGAUGUUGCAGUGACAUAUGUUGAAACUUACCUCGGUCAUGCUGAUGAUUACAACAUUACUGCACAGUCUCCUUGCACUAAAGUACUCGGCCAGUACAAAGGUGUUUGUAAAGAUGGACUUCUUGGUGGAACUGAUGAUAAUCAACUCCACACAGCAGUGAGGGAAAAUGGAAUUAAUAUAAUAACAUAUAGGAGAUCAUUAAAAUCAGCUGACCCAGGAGAUAAGGAAUUUCCUUUGGAAGGAACAUCAUACCUAGUGUGGGCCAUUGGAAGAUUGGAUAAAAACAAGGAACCUAUGUUUCAUGAUCUCUAUCCCAAAGGAGAUAUUAAAGUGGAACUCAACCGCAAGGAGAAAGAGAGUAAUUGUUUUGCUUUCACAAGAACUCACGAAAACUUUAGAGAACCAUGGGAGAAGGCACAGAUAUUUGAUAGAUCCAUCAGGACAUUCAGGGCAAUUUUAGGACCAGCAGGCGGUAAAAGAGGUUAUCAAGGAAUCACUGGUAUGACUUCAACUGGACUAGCAUGGUACAUCAAUGGUUACUUAGUUCCUGAGUUGUGGCUAAGACGGGGUCUGACAUAUUCAUUUAGCGUAUAUGGAGGCAACAAUCCACAUAGUGCAGAGACAUAUCAUCCAUUCAUUAUAACUGAUGAACCACAUGGAGGAUAUGAUAGACUUAGUGAACAGGCACAGAGGAAAGUUAGAGUACUUGCAGGGGUAGAAUUUACAAGGAGAGGACAGCCAAAACCAACUACAGCUGGUCCUUUGUGUAUUGGAAAACACAAUAAUCGAGAUAGAAGAUUGGACGAUGAUUUUGAAACCUUUAAAAAAUUUAACCGUUCGUUGAUGUUCACUUGUGAAAAAGGUGAUCCAGCAGUUCUGAAAAUUACACCAAAUACAUCAUGGCCUGAUGUUGUGUACUACCACAGUUAUACUCACCCUAACAUGGGAUGGAAGAUACAUAUUGUAGACAGCUACUACCCACCACAAGCUGCUGGUACUGCGAGAGCUACUGCAGACUUUAUUUAUUUAGUUACUGCACUUAUAGUACUUUUGUGGACUGUGAUGAAUAAUUAAUGUUAAGAUAUAUGUAGGUAGAUAGAUGCUUGAAAGAAAAAGAAAAUGAAUCAAUGAUAGCAGAAACAAUUUUUAAUUAAUUUUAUUUUUGAUGUACUUGACUGUUAUUCCACAUUUUUAAAAAACUAUUUCUGUA